UGCCUGUAUGAACAAAAAGGUGUGAUUAUAUUGCAGCGUUAUGGCAGUUACAGCUUUCGCUUUCAUGGGAAUUUUUAAGGUCUUCUCCGUCAGGGUUGCCGUUUCUUGCUGAGUCAGGGAAAUACUGCACUCAAUUCCAAGAUAUUUCCGAGUUCUGUCCCUGAAACUUUUUCACACUAAAAUGGACCACACAAACUGCAGCACUUGUUGCUCCAGCACGGCCACUCUUGUAACCAACUGCACGUGCGGCAGAGACCGGACUGCCAGCGGCAACCCAGCUUAUCAUCCUGACUCCGACACGCAUAAAAAUGCCAGAACCAAUUCAAUACCACUGGAAGCAGUUUCCGUCGCCGUUGAUGCGGAUUAUUUGACGAAAAAACUGUCAGACAACGAGUCGAUCACUUCAAGUGAGCCGGCACCGAGUUACGAAGGAUUUUUGGGAUAUUAUGAGCUGUACCGCGAUUUUGUCUUUCAAUUUAUCAAGAGGAACAAAGCGGUGUUUGUUUACAUCCUACUGGGCACGCUUCUGGGAGCUUAUAUUGGAUACCUGACUUACGUCUGCGUCAAGAAUUUUGAAAGGGCACAGUACUUGCUGUGGGGAACUGUUGCCGUAGUCGGCUUGGUGAUUUAUUUCAAGCUGGUGAAACCAGUGCUUGUAGCGAGUCCGUAUUACCUCGCAAUGAAAAGCGGUUUAAAGGAGGGUUUCACCGAAAACAUCCAGAAGUGGGCCAGAAUAGGAUUGUUGCUGGCCUUUGUGAUUGGAAUGGGCAUAUUCUUGGGAAUCGACGCCUACCACGACCCUCUCCGCCUGCGCGCUCUGGCUGGCAUGGCCACAUUUAUACUUUUGGGCAUUCUUUUAUCAAACAGUCCGGGACACAUUAACUGGAGAAUUGUCGCUGCCGGAAUUGCAGUGCAGUUUGUUUUUGGCCUUAUUGUUCUGCGAUGGGAUACCGGCAAACUGAUUUUUGAAAAACUCGGAGAUUUUUUGCAAUGGAUUUUGCUAUUUGCCAAUGAAGGGUCUAAGUUCGUCUUCAGCCCAGGCGAGGAUCAACAUCGAAUGGCAUUCAUGGUCAUGCCCGUUCUGCUGUUUGCCAGCUUUCUCAUUGCCAUCUUGUAUCAUAUUGGAGCAAUGGGAUGGUUUGUCGAGAAAGUUGGAUGGGUGAUUUAUCUAUGUUUGGGAACUACCGCAGCCGAAUCCAUUUCUGCGGCAGCCAAUGUUUUUCUUGGACAGACAGAAGCCCCUUUAACAAUAAAACCGUACAUUCCUCUUCUGACCGUCAGCGAAUUAAUGGCGGUCAUGUCUGGUGGAUUUGCAACAAUUUCUGGCAGCUUAAUGGCUACAUACGCCACAAUGGGUGUCGAAGCAAAAAAUUUGCUAGCAGCAUCUGUUAUGAAUGCUCCAUCAGCCUUGGUGAUGGCAAAACUGCUCUACCCGGAACGACAGAAAUCAAAAACGGAUUUCAAGAACAUGAAACGUGAUAAAGGAACGGCGUACAAUGUGCUGGAUGCUGCGAUGAUGGCGGCGACGAACAGUGUUCAGGCCAUUGCCGGAAUUUUGGCCAUGUUAAUCUGCGCCACAGCGUUCCUCAAACUUGUGGAUGCGGUUCUCUCAUUUUUAGGUGGAUUAGCAGAUGUGCAAGAUUUGACACUAGCGAUGAUUUCCGGUUAUGUCUUUUGGCCCAUUGCUUUCCUUAUGGGAGUGGAUCAGCAAGAAUGCUAUACGAUAGGACAACUGCUGGGUUUCAAAACAUUUAUUAAUGAAUUCGUAGCCUAUGAACAACUCGGCAAACUGGCGACUCCGCUGUCGAACAAAGGAAAGAUCAUUGCAACAUAUGCUCUUUGUGGAUUUGCGAACUUUGCUUCCGUGGGAAUUCAACUGGCAAACUUUUCCAUCAUGGCGCCCACACGUAAAAAGGAUAUUACACGUUUGGUUUUGCGAGCGCUUUUUGCUGGAUUUACCGCGAACAUGCUGACAGCAUCAAUGGCUGGUCUUCUCAUUCCUGAAUCAGAGUCGGGUACAGUCGUGAACUUGAAUAACACCUCCCAGAAUUCGUCACUGAUGAACUUCCACACCAGCUUCCAUCUUGCAUUUUAAUUAUUUUGUUCUAAAAAAUACUGUAAUUAAUGCUGGAAGCAAAGAUAGCCAUUAAGCAAUAACCUCCAACGGCUGAAUGUUUUUAUAAUUUUACGAUUUACUGGCACGAAAACAGUCGUAAAAUUUAGAAAGAUUGUAAAUACUCAAAGCUUAAUUGUAAAAUUGUGAGAAAACUAGGAAGAUUUGACAAUUAAAAGAUCUCGUUG